UGACGGACGUGACGACGGACCAGCGUGAGCGGCGAGCUGGGCAUGCGUGGCGUGCGUGGCGCGCUGCCCUGGAAGCGUUGAACCUGCGAGGUGUGCGGGCGAGUUGAGCGGUGAGAGGCUUCGGCAGCCAUGGCUCCCAACGUGCCCGCGGCCCAGCCGGCCCAAGAGUACCCUAAAGGCAUCCGGGCCGUGCUGCUGGGGCCGCCCGGGGCUGGCAAGGGUACCCAGGCACCCAAAUUGGCUGAAAACUUCUGUGUCUGCCAUUUGGCUACUGGGGACAUGCUGAGGGCCAUGGUGGCUUCUGGCUCUGAGCUGGGAAAAAAGCUAAAGGCAACUAUGGAUGCCGGGAAGCUGGUGAGCGAUGAAAUGGUCGUGGAGCUCAUUGAGAAAAAUUUGGAGACCCCUGCAUGCAAAAAUGGUUUCCUUCUGGAUGGCUUCCCUCGGACUGUGAGGCAGGCAGAAAUGCUUGAUGACCUCAUGGAGAAGAGGAAAGAGAAGCUUGAUUCUGUGAUUGAAUUCAGCAUCCCAGACUCUCUGCUGAUCCGGAGAAUCACAGGAAGGCUGAUUCACCCUGCAAGUGGCCGUUCCUACCAUGAGGAGUUCAACCCCCCAAAGGAGCCCAUGAAAGAUGAUGUCACCGGAGAACCUUUGAUCCGCCGAUCAGAUGAUAAUGAGAAGGCCUUGAAAAUCCGCCUGGAGGCUUACCACACUCAGACUACCCGGCUGGUGGAGUACUACAGUAAACGGGGGAUCCACUCGGCCAUCGACGCAUCCCAGACCCCUGAUGUCGUGUUUGCAAGCAUCCUGGCAGCCUUCUCCAAGGCCACAUGGACCUCCAGCGGGCUUGUCCUCUGUCCGCCUGGAAGCCGGCUGCGGGUACGUGGCCGUCCUGCGUCCCUCUUUGUCCGCUUCGACCUAGUAACAGAAGGCCAGGCGAGACUGCACCACUGCUCAUCACCCUGCGGCGUGAUCCCUGCUCUUAGGUGCUGGGCAGAGGGGAGGGGUGGUCAGGGUGAGGAUGGAGAGGGAGGACUGGGAAGAGCAGCAGUGUUGUAGUGAGCGAUUUCUUUUACAGAGAGUAGGAGUCUUCAAAAGUAUAAGCAAAGGGGAAAUUUAAUGUUUUAAAACACCGAUUGGAGGGUAUAAAUAGAAACAGGGAGAUGCAGCAUUCUUUCUAAGGAAUCAUGUUUUCAUUUACUCUGGACUGGUGACAAUAUUUUUUAAAGCCAGUGCCCUAAUACCUCAGCUUUUAUCAGAACCUCUUGCCAGCCCAGGAGUGCAGGAAAUUAACACGGCUGUCCUGCCUGUCCUGUCGCUUGAAACAGGGUAGGAGUUGACUACUAACCCUGGUUCCCUACUGUGAGAUCAAGCUGUCAUCUCCACACUUGAAAGAGAUAUGGAGUGUGUUCAUGAGGGCAGUGGCUCAGCAAAUCAAGUUUACUGGAGUCGUGCGGCAGGUGGGGCAGGCUGGUCUCGCUCCCUUCCCGACUCACCACUGAUUUACCAGCACACCUGCUCUCGUGGGUAAGCUCUUGGCAGCCACCCAGCACAUGCCACAGUCCUACACUCUUGCCUUCCUCCAUCUAUGAUGUGUGAAGAGACCCUUUUUAAUAAAUGAGCAAGUGUCCUAAACAACAUGUUCCAAAGAUUAUCCUUCCGAUCCUCAAAUCCUGUGACUGGGAUCACUCAACAGCACUGUGAUUUAUUAUUUCCAAUGAGGUGCCUUUCUUAACUGUCCAAAUGCUGCCUUGUUUGGCCCCUAAAUCAAUAAAGUGUGUUAAAAAUUUGUA